AUGGCAGCUCUCGCCGCCUCGCUCGCCGCCGGCCCAGCGAAUGCAAUCAUUCCCACCACCGCCGUCGCCGGCCGCGUUCCAGGGCUCUCCGAACCCGACGAAAACGGCUGGCGCACGUACAAGCGGCCGGCGAGCAAGUCCGGCGGGCACGGCGUGGGAUGGAGCGAGCUCAUCCCGUACAGCUUCACCGUGCCUGACACCUGGGAGGAGACGCCGGUGUCCAUCGCGGAUCUGGGCGGCACGGAGAUCGACCUGCGGGCGGGCGGACGUACUAAGAGUCGGCAAUGGAAGAAAUACUCGAGUGACAUCAAGCAGAUCCUCUCCUCCUUCCGCGUCGGAUAG